GGGCGGGUGCGAGGGGGCGGAGCCGGCUAAGCCAGCCUUGAAGUUCGUGGGCUGCCAGCGGAGAACCCUGGCUCCAGGCAAGAAUGGGAGGACUAGCGGUUCGUUCGCUGCGCAGCAGCGGGCUGCUAAGAAGACACUUGCCAACCUGUCUGAGUUCCUGGAAAAUUCCUCCCCAUGUCAUGAGAUCUUCCCAGUCAGAGGCUCUACUGCCCUCUGCUCCACUGCAGACAUUUACAGACGACGAGAUGAUGAUGAAGAGCACAGUCAAAAAAUUUGCAAAAGAACAAAUUGCUCCUUUGGUUUCAAUCAUGGAUGAAAAUUCAAAAAUGGAGAAAUCAAUAAUACAAGGAUUAUUUCAACAAGGGUUGAUGGGUAUCGAAGUUGAUGAAAAGUAUGGAGGAACAGGAGCUUCAUUUUUUUCCGCCAUCCUAGUGAUAGAGGAAUUAGCCAAAGUUGAUGCAUCUGUGGCUCUCCUGUGUGACCUUCAGAACACAGUGAUCAACAAGCUCAUUGCAAGAUAUGGAACAGAAGAACAAAAGGCCACCUAUUUGCCUAAACUGAUUACAGAAGAUCUAGGAAGCUUUUGCCUUUCAGAGGCUGGAGCAGGUAGUGACUCCUUUGCUUUGAAGACCAGAGCUGAUAAAAAGGGAAAUUACUAUGUCAUCAAUGGGUCCAAGAUGUGGAUUAGUAGUGCAGGGCAUGCAGAGCUCUUCCUGGUUUUUGCAAAUGUAGACCCUACCGCUGGUUAUAAAGGAAUCACCUGCUUCUUAGUAAAUCGUGGUACAGAAGGCUUUCAUAUAGGAAAAUCAGAAAAUAAAAUGGGAAUCAGAGCUUCUUCCACCUGCCCAUUAACAUUUGAAAAUGUCAAGGUUCCAGAAACCAAUAUCUUGGGACAAGUUGGACAUGGCUAUAAAUAUGCCAUAGGAAUUCUUAAUGAAGGUAGAAUAGGAAUUGCUGCGCAGAUGCUGGGACUGGCCCAAGGAUGUUUUGACUACACUAUUCCAUAUAUUAAAGAAAGGGAACAGUUUGGCCAAAGAAUAUUUAAUUUUCAGGGACUCCAACACCAAGUGGCUUAUGUGGCUACCCAGCUAGAAGCUGCAAGAUUACUAACGUACAAUGCUGCCAGACUUGUAGAAGCUGGGAGGCCAUUCAUAAAAGAAGCAGCUAUGGCCAAGUAUUAUGCAUCAGAGACUGCAGGGCUUACAACUAGUAAAUGUAUCGAGUGGAUGGGAGGAGUAGGCUAUAUCAAAGACUACCCGGUAGAAAAGUACUUCCGAGAUGCAAAGAUUGGUACAAUAUAUGAAGGAGCUAGCAAUAUCCAGCUGAACACCAUUGCAAAGCACAUCGAUGCAGAAUACUGACAUCUGUAAGAUCGGGCCCCUCUCUGGUGUCACCUGUGUUAAACUGUUGUGCCUUGUUGGAGGAGUAAGUCUCCUUAGCACUGCAGGGUUUUAUUGAGGCCCCUUAGUCGUGAUCCUCUGGCUUUGCCCCUUCUCUUUCCUCUUUCCAGUCUGCUAGGUUAGGCACAGGAAAUCAUUUCUAAAAUUUGGGAGACGUGCACCCCUAUUUUCUCCAAAACUGUUUUUAAACUUCUGUACAUAUUUAUGUUAUCAUCUGGUUUCAGAAUAUAUGGAAGUUUCACUCCAUCAACAUUUGGAAAAAUGAAGAUGUUUGAAGUAUUACUUAUAGAAGUACUUCUUUUAUACUCUUUCUAAGUCUUUAUAUUGUGGUACCAAUCAGAGCAACGCUUGUUAAAAUAGUCGGUUUUUAUUAAAUACUUUAUAGAUUCAACUGUAAGUUGCUAAAUGAGGUAGAAACUGGUAAAAAUUUAUUUGGAAAAUCUAAAACUUCAGUUGUGAAUAUCAGAAUGGAUGGAAAAUAAGAGUAUAAUUUUGUAGUUCAUAUAAUUGAAAAAAAAUUAUUUUAACCAAGUAAAAUAAUACAGUUUGUUUCUAUAAUUGACCUGUAAAAGAUUUAGUUUCAUGAAGAUUUCAACAGGUCAUUUUAAAAACAUGUUCAACUAUAAAGUUGGAAUAAUUUGGUUUACUAGCCAUUAAGUGUUCAAUAUUGUAAUAUUGUGCCAUACUACUUUUCACUAGCAAAAUUUUUCUCUAUAUUUCCAUUAACUACUAUUCCCUCUAACUUCAUUCCUGAGCUUCAUCCUAAAUAGUAAUAAUUUCAGAAACUGGAUUUUAUUUCAGUGAUCCUCAAGAGAGAGAUCUUGCCCCCAUAAAGAAGUGUGUCAAAGUCUUGAGGAAUGAGGAAUACAAGGGCAGUGUAGAGUUUGCAAAAGUAUAUUCAAUAUUAAAAUAAUUUUAUAUUUGAAAUGACAAA